AUGCCGCCAGUACGGCUGGCGAAUAUGCCACCGUCCAGCCGACCUGCUCUGGAUGACCCCAGGGUCCAGCGCAUAUCUUUGAACUUUCUUCCUCAUAUCAGCCGGGAUCCGAAAGACGUGAAGACAUCGGGCGUCCUUGGCGAUGAUCCAGAUUUGUGCAAAGAACUCACCCGCAGUCUUCACCUGCCGCCUUUCUUCUUACAGCACAAGGCGUGGGACUCCAACGGGUUCCUCAUUACCCGACACGUCGCCCAUCCUGAGGGUCAUGAGCUUCAAAGCUGCUCGGGCCGAUUUUUGAUCAAGGUCGUGACGCAGGCAAACAACAAGUGGACUUAUUCCUGGCAGUUCUUGUCGUUCAGCAUCCUAUGGGCUAAGAAUCUCAAGGACAACAAAGUGUCCUGCGUGGUGGUUUGCUAUGAUGACUGCCACGAAUUGGAGGACAAGAUCUCAGACGCGUUGAAAAAAUACUCACCGGCAGACAUCAAGGAUAACCCGCUCGCCAUCUAUGAUGCUUUCCUGCAGGUGGUUAUUUGGGAAUAUGAUUCCGCGCUCUGGGGGUUCCGGGAACCAGUCAGGAACAUUGAAAAGGCUCGAGAGGGAUUUAUCGAGGACGUUAUCGCCAUCGAAAUGAAGGGAGAGAGUGAAAAGAUCACCAAAAAGUAUACUAAUAUGCAUGAGCUAUCUCGUCAUUCGAUUCACAUGAGCGAAACACUUCAAGCGGCUUCCAAGACCGUCGAAGAAACCCUCCGCGAUAUCGAAACAAGGCUGAUGAGUCCUGGAUCGGGGCUGGGCCUUGCAACCAUGAACACUAGGAACAUCGUUGCUGGCAUCCGAUUCUCCAACGUCUUUCUUAACAACCUCAAGCUGCGAUCCGAUGCCUUUGUGGCCCGGCUUGAGAAUGAAAUCCAGAUGGCAUACAACAUGGUCAGCGUUUAUCAACUCAAGGAAUCAAACGAGUCUACGGGGUUGACGAAAUUCGUGACCCAUUUGACCCUCUUCUUCCUGCCCUUCACUUUUGUUGCGGGCUUUUGGGGGAUGAACUUCACCCAGCUAGACAACGACAGGAAGAUGUACGUAUCCACAGACAUCUGGAUGUUUGUCGUGACGGGUUUCGGGUCAACGCUCGCAGCAUUCAUAGUCCUGUAUUACAGGCGAAUCGCCAACACGACCAAGACCCUGUACAAUAAAGUCACCCCAGCUCCAGUGCGCCGGCCAACCUUUCGCCUUGGCAACCAAUUUACUUGGGACAUAGGCCGCAAGGAAUCGGCGUGA